AAAAGGCUUAGUUCCGCGCCAGUUUCAUAGCUAUAAGCUCCCCAAUCCCCAAUGCCUUCAUUGAGAUUCGAUAGUGACUUGUCCCACUUUUGGUUACUCAGUUUUCUAUUAUUUCAAAAAUGCAGAACAUCUGUCUUUCUGAACUUGCCCAUGCCAAAGCCAAUGCCCAUCACCUUCACUGACCUUCCUCUAAUCUUUCACAAUGGUCUCUCUCACUCCCGGCGUCCUUUCCAAGCUUCUCAACAAUGCAGCCAACAAGGACGUCAGAGUCACCGGAGGCCACCGCUCUGCCCUUCUUCAGGUCAUCGAGAUCUUACCGUCACUCUCCGGAGCCGACGAUGCCGAUCCAUGGCGGAGCAGAGGUUUCUUCCUCAAAGUUUCGGACUCGGUUCAUUCUGCAUACGCCUCCAUCUCUGAUCAGGACUUGGACUUAAUAUACAACGACGAGAUUCAGCUGGGUCAGUUCGUUUACGUUACUCGUCUAGACGCGGCUUCUCCAGUUCCGAUUCUUCGCGGGCUGAAGCCCAUUCCUAAGAGGAGACCCUCUCCUUGUGUAGGGAAACCUAUUGAUUUGGUUCCUAGUGACUUGCUUCCUCUCCGGGAAGUUGGAGCCCAUUUUGAGGGUUCAAAGACCAAAAGUAAAAUAACAAAAAAUGAUAAGAAUGUGGGCAAGAGUUGGGAGAAAAGUGAGUCAAAAUCCGACAUUGUUAAGCCCAAGGCUAGGAACUGGGUUACCAAAAAUGGUUCGUUAGAGAAGAGAAUGCCGACAGAGGGUUUGGAGUUGAGGAGAUUGAGUUUGGAUUCGGCUAGAAGGUCUUGGGAUCAGAAGUCGGCAUGCAAAGACGACAGUGCUCACAGAAGUGUUCCAGUUCCAGUUCCACGUUCCAAGUCCAAACACGUUUCGACUUCGGUCAUUUCUGAUAAAGACACUUCUCCUAAGAUUGUUUCCACUUUAAAGUGCAGAAAUCUUAUCAACUCUCCCUUGAAAAAUCAGAACAAUACCCUAUCUCCACCAUUAUUGAAAAAACUAACGAAAAAGGAACUCAAAUCGUCAUUUGACUGCAUUACUCCAAUUCGUCUUGUUAAUGUGCCCCUUACUAGCAAGAUUGGGUCUGGGCAGAAGAUCUCAUGGGAUAUGCUGCCACACACAAUUGCUGAUCUUGGAAAGCAAGCUCUUCAGCAAAGAAAUGGUGCAUAUUUAGCUGCUAUACGCUCCCUUGAAGAAGCAUCAGCAACAAAUGGAGUCAUUCGUUGCAUGGGUUAUUGUUUUCAUUUCAGGAUUUUUGCAGAACUCUGCUUGUCUUCUAAAAAAUCAUCUGCAGGAUCACUCGUCAAAAAUUUUUUGGACCUUAAUCAGAAAAUGCAGAGUUCAGCAAAUGAUAUUGAUUACAUAGUCAAUUCAAGGCUUUCUGGUGCAGAUCCAAGCAUUUAUUUUUCUGCUAGUAAUAAUGCCACAUCAUGGGUUAAAGCUGCUGUAGAAACUAAUCUGUCCACAUUUGAUCUGUUCAGAAAGCAGGAGGAGGAUGAAAUUCUAAAGAGUGAGAAGUCCCAUUAUGUUGUCCUUGAGAAUGCUCAAGAAGUGAAUUUUGGGAGUUGUUCACCUACUACCAGACAAAGUCGAAAUCAUACAACUCUUACAUCAGAUUUAACUACUAAGGUGUCUCAGUCUGCGUCAAGGCGGUUGCCAUCAGCCACAAGGAAAUCGAUUACUGAAAGGGAUGAGCUGUAUAAAGGUGGGAGCAAAUUAAUUGAGGCAGCAAGUCUAGCUCAAAAACUUCUAUUCGCUUCUAGAGAAUGGUUCUUGAAGUACUUGGAGGAUUCAUUAAGCAUUGGUUUUGGGAUGAAAAGAGAGGAAGGUGGCACUGAAGUGGCAUCUCUUUUGGGACAGCUCAAAAGGGUUAACCACUGGUUGGAUGACAUAGUUACGAAAGGAAUUUCAAAAGACGAAAGGAUUGAAGGAUUGAGGAAGAAGCUAUAUGGUUUUUUGUUGGAGCAUGUUGACUCUACUGUUGCUAACAACCAGUAAGUUGAUCUAUAGCAGAACACUAACAUGAAUUACAUGUUUAAAUUUAGUUCUCUUGUGCUGACAUUAGGCAUAGACAUUACAUGUAAUCGAGAUUCUAGAAUCUAAUAGCACAGGCAAAGUAUUUCCAAGCUUUAUAUCUAGAUCUUCCUUAUUUUGAUAAUCACUUAUCCUAACUUCUAGAAAUUGACGAUAGCUAGCAGUUGCUUCAAUACUUGAGAUGACUCUUUCCAUUUGUUAGUCAAUUGUAUAGUUUCAUUGGCACUAAGGUGUAAUGGUGUUAGUAAUGCUACCUUUCAUUAUUGAGUAUUGACAUUUGAUAUUUACCGUCAA